AUGGCUGAUGUAUUAGUGAAGGCGGGGCACCAAGUUACGUUUUUUAUUCCGGAAACGAGCACAUUCAACAAACUUAAUGGUACUAAGCUAGCUAAAGUUGUACGAAUGCCGAACUUAGGACGAUUUUUUGAUGAUGUAAUGAUGUCGCAUGGUGAUCCGUUUGAAGCACAAUCGCCUAGUUUCUUCGACCAUCGUAUGGAGGUUAUUUCGCAAUACCGAGUUUGUGAAGGUAUGUUUUUGUAAAAUUAACAUCCACAAAGGCAUUUUUGAAACCUUUUACUAACGCAAUAUCUAAUACUGCUUAACAUGCAAUUUCAGAAAUUUUAAAAAGGAAAGAAGAGUUGGAGAUGCUCAAUGCCGAAAAUUUUGAUCUUGCUAUUGCUGACAAUGUUGACUUUUGCGACAUUUCACUGAUCCACAUGUUAGGUAUUCCCGUUCACAUUUGGACUACAACAGGCCCAAUGCACGAAAUUACGGCCUGGGCGUUAGGUGUACCACCAGAACCAGCUUAUGUUCCAACGACAUGGGACAAUUUUCUUAGUCCUAUAAUGGGCUUAGGGGAACGUGCUUAUAAUUUGUUGCAACAUUACAUUGGUCGUAUUCACGCUCUCGAACUGGAUAUUCAGGUGGGCACAAAAAUCAGUAAGCAUAGGAAUCACAUUAGGCAUUUACUUGUAACAACUCUUUGUUAUUGUUUACGAAAACUGUUCAUAACAAAAUGCAUUUUCCAUUGUGUACAUUGAUAAUGAAAAACGCAUAAGAAAGGCGAUUGUUUGAUCAGAACUUAAACCCUCAGCUGACGAGAAAAAAUAAUGGUAUUGUAGCUGAUAGUCUUUUUGACAGUCACUAAAUUAACAGAAAGAACAUGUAUCGUCAUUUUUUAGUUUAUAUUAAUACAAAAAUAAUAUUACUACAUUUUUUAUUAAAAACACAAAAAAUUUUAAGCCGUGAUUUUGCUGGGUGUGUUUUGAGGAAUGUAAUAAGGAAAAGGGAAAAACAAGUUUGGUAUACAACAAUAACAAACUGUGUUGCUGUUAUGUUUUAAAAUUGUUCGGUGCACACUAAUCACAAUAAAAGCACCAAAGUAGUAUAGCAGCCUAGUGAUGAUAAGAAAACGGAAAUGGCGUCAACGAAAUUUAGAUAAACGUAAUAUUGUUACGCACAAUUACAUUUUAUAAAAUUUUUAAUAUUAUAUAUAUAAAAAAUUAUUUUUUAUUUUAAACGUCAAAAAAUUUUUAAUUAACAAGGCUGUUUUAAGAAGUUGUUAUUAUAGCGUGAACUAAUCAACAGAAGAUGUUUUUCCUUCUAUUGUUGUAAAUUUUCAAAUUUAGGUGACACGACUGUUUCGCAAAUACGUACGCGGUGAUUUUCCAUCAGCAGCAGAGCUUGCCGCCAACUCCGCUAUUAUGUUCAUGAAUGGAGAUCAAUUUUUUGAUCCCGUGCGUCCGCUUCCUUCAAAGUGUAUCAACAUUGGCGGUGUUGGGCUCAUUAAACCUCGAGAACUUUCUACUGUAAGUUUAAGAUACCUACAGUUACAUUCGCUGGUAAAUUUAGUUCGGUUUUGGCCGCUAUAUUUUUUCUGAUUUUCUCAGAGGGUGUUUAAAAAGGCCCGACAGGGUACAUACUAUAACUGUGUUACCGUUUUCUGAUAACUUGUGUUUGUACAACAAACUUCGUAGCUAAGCAUGACUAGUUCAAAGAGUCAAUUUUGUCGAUCAGUUGAGAAACUGAUAAAAAAUUAAUAAAAAAUGGCUGCGAUAAAUAAAAGUGCAAAAACUUACUAAUUGUAUUUUUAUUGAUAAUGAAGAGUAUCAGACAAAUGAUAAAAUUUUGAACGCAAAAGAUCACAAUUACGUGUUUUUUUUAUGUUUGGUAUAAAAAAAGUUUUUAAAAAAUUUUUAUUUUUUAAUUUACAAAUACAAAAUUAAUUAUAAGUUACCAUAACUUUUAGGAGUUCAAAGAUAUGGCUGAACAAGGCAAAAAAGGAUUCAUAAUAUUUGCACUUGGAACGGCAGCUCCAACGCGUGCUGUGGCUUCAUGGCGAAAAAAGGCUUUAGUCGAUGCCUUUUCGACCUUUACCGACUAUCAUUUUAUUGUCAAAAUGGACGCAGAAGAUUAUGACUUCUUGAAUAUGACAAGACAAGUUGGCAACAUUGAUGCUGUUAAUUGGAUUCCUCAAAGUGACUUAUUAGGUAAUUUUAUUCGCUUUUGUGAGAAAGUAAACGUGAAGGCUGAAUAUUAUAUUUGAAAUAUUUCAUAUAGUUUUAAAAUGUUUUAAAAACGUUUAAUACGACAAAAAAUUUUAUCAAAAAUAUUGUAGCUCAUCCUCGCGCCAAACUUUUCAUUACUCACGGAGGCUACAACAGCAUAAUUGAAAGUGGUAUUCGCGGAGUACCCAUGCUUGUUCUACCACUAUUUUUUGAUCAACAUCGCAAUGCUAAAGCCAUCGAGUAUCGAAAACUAGGGUUGGCUUUGGAACCUUCGACCAUUACAAAAUCCAACCUUAUCGCAAAAUUAAACGAAUUAUUGACCAACCCGGUUUACCAACAAAAUGCCUAUCGAAGCGCAAAACUUUUCCGCACGAAACCCGAUCAACCUGAUCAAACUCUUGUCAAAUGGGUCGAAUUUGUUUUGGAGAAUGGCAAUUUGCCAGAACUGAAACCAGAGCUGGCAAACAUGAAUUUUAUCGUCUACAACAAUUUGGACGUGUUUGCUGUUGUGUUGUUAAUGGUAUCUUUUUGUAGUUAUACGUUUGUUACGGUUUGUAAAAAGUUUUUGCAAUUCGGAAGGAAUCGGUAUCUCACCAAGCUCAAACGUGCUUAA